AUGUCUACUCCUGAAUGCAAUGCACCCUCACUUUCUGAUGAUGAGAAGUUCACGGCGAUUUGCCAGCUGGAACAGGCGGAAGAGGGAAUCAGACAGCUGGAGUUGGAGCUGACAACCAUGCGUAUUGCUUCGGGUUCAAACGUCACAUCACGUGAGGUUUGUUUGGUGCAUCACGAGGAUAAAGAUGACGUGAAGCCAAGCCUCUCAAGAUUAAAAUUUGCCCCCGACAUCACACUGAAACCGGACUCAAUGAAACCGUUCUGUGAAGCGGCUGUCCAAUCCGAGAUGUAG